CGUCGCCGGUUGGACGAGAUUGAGGAGGAGACAGCUUGCGAGAGAGAACAAGCGAGAAAAGACACCCAGUCGAAUAGCCAUACCGCUAGUAAAAACCGAGCAAGCUAACACGGAAUAACCAAUACACAUCGUUGCCGUUUGUUGCGUGUAAUAUUCCCGUAGUCUUUUCAGAAAAGCUUUGUUUUGUGUGUGUGUUUCAGCAACCCGCGGUAACUAGUUCUCGUUGGAGUGACCAACAAGGGAGACUCCAUGAAAGAUGACGGAGGAGGUGACAGUUGUAGCCAAGUGGGACUACACGGCCCAGCAGGACCAGGAACUGGACAUCAGGAAGAACGAGCGCCUCCUGCUAUUGGACGACUCCAAGACGUGGUGGAGGGUCCGCAACACCGCCAACCAGACGGGCUACGUGCCGUCCAACUAUGUGGAGCGCAAGAACAGCCUGAAGAAGGCCUCGCUGGUCAAGAACAUCAAAGACACGUUAGGCUUGGGUAAGACCAGGAGGAAGUUGAGCACGCGUGACACCUCCCCCACGCCCAGUUCCGACACGGAGAGCCCCUCCAAUGGGAGCAGUGGAGGGGGAGGAAGUGGGGGAGGAGGAGCCGAGAGGGUGUACGACCUGGACAUCCCCGCCACCGUCAAGUUUGUCUACACGGCGGAGCGCGAGGACGAGCUGACCCUGGCCAAAGGGUCGCGCGUGGUCGUCAUGGAGAAGUGCAGCGACGGCUGGUGGCGGGGAAGCCAGGGGGGGAGGGUGGGCUGGUUCCCCUCCAACUACGUCCAGGAGGAGCUGGCGGGGGAGGAGCCUCCGAGGGGGAGGGUGGGGCCGGGGAGCGCCCCCGGAGGCGGGGCGGCGCUGGCCAACGGGGGGGCGGCAGGGGGCGGAGUCCUCCACACGGUCCAGACUCUGUACCCCUUCAGCUCCGUGACGGAGGAGGAGCUGAACUUUGAGAAGGGGGAGGUGAUGGAGGUGGUGGAGAAGCCCGAGAACGACCCCGAGUGGUGGAAGUGCAGGACCAGCCGCGGCCUGGUCGGCCUGGUCCCCAAGAACUAUGUGGUGGUCCUGAGCGACGGAGCCUCCAGGCCCUUGCCCUCCUCGCCGGUCCACAGCUCCCCGCUGAAGAGGCCCGUCCUGGGUCCGGUCCAGGUGGGCAAGUUUGCGGGCCGGGACUGGUACUACGGAGGCAUCACCCGGAACCAGGCGGAGAGCGUCCUCAACGAGAGGGCAGAUGUGGGAGACUUCCUCAUACGGGACAGCGAGUCGUCUCCCAGUGACUUCUCCGUGUCCCUGAAGGCCAUGGGGAAGAACAAGCACUUUAAGGUGCUGCUGGCUGACGGCUCCUACUGUAUCGGCCAGCGCAGGUUUUCCUCCAUGGAAGAACUGGUGGAGCACUACAAGAAGGCUCCCAUCUUCACCAGCGAGCACGGCGACAAGCUCUACCUGGUCAAACCACUGCUGUGACACCACACACACACACACACACUAACAGACCUAAGGUACUCACAAGUAUAAAUACAUAUAUACAUAAACACACACACACUCUCCCCAGUGCCCACAAAUAUCCAUAACUCGUCUUAAUGUAAGCCUUAGCUCUGGGUCCUCUUGUUGUAAUAUCGUGGGGUCUCAUCCUACAGACGACUUGGACAGACACACACACACACACGCGUAUGUCUGGAGAGCUGGGCAGGGAGAAUGUUGAACUCUGGGAGGGCUGUUUGUAUGGGGGCUGUUUGUCUUUUUGUCUGUAUGGGGGCUGUUUGUCUUUCUGUUUCCUUUUGAAACAUGUCACAAUGCCUGUUUGGAACCCUCUCCAGAGGUUUAGAAUGCUGGUGAACCCUCUCCAGAGGUUCAGAGUGCUGGUGAACCCUCUCCAGUGGUUCAGAGUGCUGGUGAACCCUCUCCAGAGGUUCAGAGUGCUGGUGAACCCUCUCCAGAGGUUCAGAGUGCUGGUGAACCCUCUCCAGUGGUUCAGAGUGCUGGUGAACCCUCUCCAGAGGUUCAGAGUGCUGGUGAACCCUCUCCAGAGGUUCAGAGUGCUGGUGAACCCUCUCCAGAGGUUCAGAGUGCUGGUGAACCCUCUCCAGAGGUUCAGAGUGCUGGUGAACCCUCUCCAGAGGUUCAGAGUGCUGGUGAACCCUCUCCAGUGGUUCAGAGUGCUGGUGAACCCUCUCCAGUGGUUCAGAGUGCUGGUGAACCCUCUCCAGAGGUUCAGAGUGCUGGUGAACCCUCUCCAGUGGUUCAGAGUGCUGGUCAGCGUGGUGGACACACUUCUGCCUUGUGGUCUCUCGCCAACCCCAGACCCCUCUCCUCAUUCUGUGCUCUUAGAAGUCCUUCUCUACCUUCGCCCUCCUCCUGCUCCUCUCCCCCCUACUCCUCCCCCUCUACCUUGAAGUCUAUCCUUCUCCACUGGCUCUUGUAACUGAGACUGCAUCAGCCAUUUUGAUCAUCGCUGUCUUCCUGUAGGGGGCGCCAUUAUAGCUCGAAUGUGACCAACGUUCAGUGGAGCAUGCGAUGCUGAAAGGCUGUAUGUCGGUGUACCUGGCUGUAGUCCUGACUACAGAGGGACAGAGGGUUGGUUGAGUAAAUAAGUCGUGGAGGAAGGAGGGAAGUAGUAACGAAGAAGAAAGAAGUGGUAGUCCACUGAGAAGGAGAGAGCCUCUGAUGUCUGGAGAACUGGACUGUCUGUAAUCAACAACCAAAUGUGCCACACCCACUACCUGUAAUCCAGCCAUUCUAUUGGUUUCAAAUCCUUGCCCGUUGACCGUUCUGCCUACCGAUUGGUUAACUGUACAGCCAUCUACUCCACUCGAUUCUGCCAAACCGCUAUAGGAUGUUUUCAUCUUCUUUACUUUGACUGCAUCUGUCGUUUGAUCCAUUCUAUGAUGCUUCUACUUGACUCCAAUGGACUCUACUGUCCCAAUUGCUGAGACCCACAGCAACUCAUCUCUUCUUGUCUUUGACUAACUGACGCCCACAUAGCAGGGUAAACCAGGGAGAGCACUAAUUCAAGAGUAAUAACAAAUGAUGAUGAUGAUAUAUCUGAAUGUUAUUGAGCAAUGUUAUUUAAUUCUUCAGUCCACUGUGUGUAUAUAUUCAGAAUGAAAUGACAAGGUGCAUAUAUGAAUCGUUUUGAUCCAACUUAAGGUACUGUACCGCCGACCAUGUGGUGAGAAUUGAAAUACUUUUGUUCAAUAAAAGUUUUUACAGAAUACUAUAAAUGAAAAA